AUGCUGAUAACAUGGUGCCAUAUCAGGCAGCAAUUUCCUCCGCCUGACAACGGCAGCAAGUUCCUGUGCCUGACGACGGUCUGUCCCAUCAAGAGCGAGGGCGGCGACAGCUGCGUCUUCAUCGUCAAUUUUGAUGACUUGACUUCACCCGCCCUCACCGCUGUUGAUGAUGGCCUCUCGGACAGCAUUCAGUCUAAAUUCAAUCGCGCCCGAGCGUCUUUCAGACAGUCCUUCCGCAUGGGGUCCAAGAGAAGAGGUGCUCGGUCUCCAAGAAGUAGCGGCUCACAGCCUACAACUCCAGGAGGGUCGUCACGGAUGGACCCCAUAUUGGACCAACCCGGGGAAGAAAACUCCCGAGAACCUUCCCUGGGGCAGUCUGAACCUAAGCAUUCCACUGAGGAAGACAGUCCAGAGGACCACAGACUUCCCGGUUCUGGGGAGGAUGUGAAGUCCGUGUCACCACCAUUUGGUCAUCCUCAAGGCGGUCGGUCUACGCCUUCACCGACGAGUUCGCCAAGCAAGAAGAAAGCUUUGCCGUCAGAGGGCGGCUGCAACAGCGUUCAAGUCGUCGCCGGUACCGAGGCAGAAUGCGUCGCCAAGGAUGAAGCGAAGAGUGUCGUCGCAGGGGCCAGCCGACCAGGAGUCCGGGGGAGUACGACCAGCUCGGUCAGCCAAGUUUAUAAAGAAGAGGAUGAGGAUUUCAGCAGCCGAGUUCGGGAAGACGAGAGUGACCAGCGCGACCCAUUGCUGGGUAGGAUGGCAGGGACUGGGGCAUCGCUUAGCAGCUCCACCGACCCUCCGGCCUUACAUAGGAGCGGGCAGCGCCCCUUCCCUUCACAGACCCUGCAGGAUUCCCUGGCAACCAAUAGAGUUGGACUCGCUCAGGAAAUCCGAAAAGCUUCCCUUCCAAUCUGGAGACGAAAGGAUUCCAGCGCAUCACAGAGAAAGGACUCGCUAGCGACGACCUGCUCACGGGGCUCGGGACCAAGGCUGGGAUCGUUCGCUGAGCCGAGCGAGUGCGGCGGACAAGUGCAGAUGAGACCAGCGACCUCCCUGGACGCUAUCAGCCACAACAGAGUCAACCUACCGCACAAGGGCGACACUCUGCUCAAUAUGCCUCAUAUGGACUCCCUGGCCAACUGUGAUCCUCUCAGUGACGACGAAAGUCGUAGCUACAAUACCGACGUCACAGGUAAUGAAACGUACGACAAAUAA